UGCUAAGUGCUAACUCCCUGUCCAACACAUUCUACUCAAGAAAACAUCAGAUUUAUAUUCCACAACCGCCCAACUUUUGGUUCAAUAAGGAAAUGGACGAUUUUUAAGAGUUUUAUACACUUUCCGACUCGUUUAUAGCGAUUUCCAUGUAUGUUAGGGGAACGAACCAAAUACGUUUUGCAUUGUUGUGGUUUAGCGGAGAGACUGGAAACUCCAAGACGUGGAUUGGGCCUGUUUCAACACAACCUAUUCAAGGUGCUUAAGAAGUCACAAUGUCGAUUUUGGGUCUAAAAAAGAAGCAACCAAAGACUUUUAAAGUCAAAGUCAGCACUAUGGAUGCUGAAAUGGAGUUCAGUUGUGAGGUCAAAUGGAAAGGGAAAGAUUUGUUUGACCUGGUGUGCCGGACCAUCGGUCUGAGGGAAACGUGGUUUUUUGGCCUUCGAUACACAGUGAAAGACACUUAUGCCUGGCUGAAGCCUGAUAAACGGGUUCUGGAUCAAGAAGUUCCAAAGGACUCUCCGAUAACAUUUCAUUUUCUUGCCAAAUUCUUCCCUGAGAAAGUUGAGGAUGAGCUUGUUCAGGAAAUUACUCAGCACCUCUUCUUCUUACAAGUCAAAAAGCAGAUACUAGAUGAGGAGAUUUUUUGCUCUCCAGAAGCCUCUGUUCUUUUGGCGUCAUAUGCUGUGCAAGCCAAGUAUGGGGACUACGAUCCAAACUUUCACAAGCCAGGUUUCUUAGCUCAAGAUGAACUCUUGCCUAAAAGAGUGCUGAUGCAGUAUCAGAUGACACCUGACAUGUGGGAAGAGAAGAUAACCGCUUGGUAUGCUGAACACAGAAGCAUCACAAGGGACGAGGCUGAGAUGGAAUAUCUAAAAAUAGCGCAGGAUCUAGAGAUGUAUGGAGUUAGCUACUUUUCUAUUACACAAAAUAAGAGGGACACAGAGCUGCUUCUUGGAGUUGAUGCUCAGGGUCUUCACAUCUACUGUCCCAACAGCAAGCUCAGCCCCAACAAAUCCUUCCCAUGGAGUGGAAUCCGAAACAUUUCGUACAGCGAGAAGGAGUUUACUAUCAAACCAUUGGACAAGAAAAAGGAAGUUUUUAAAUUCUACUCGUCUCAGCUUAGAGUUAACAAACUGAUAUUACAGUUGUGUAUUGGGAACCACGACCUGUUCAUGAGGAGGAGGAAGGUGGAUUCCAUAGAGGUGCAACAGAUGAAGGCUCAGGCUAAAGAGGAGAAGGCCAGGAAAAAGGUUGAGCGUCAGAUUCUUGCGCGGGAGAAGCAGAUGAGGGAGGAGGCGGAGCGGGCGAAAGAAGAGAUGGAGCGUCGUCUGUUCCAGCUACAGGACGAGGCUCGAAUGGCCAAUGAAGCUCUACUGCGCUCCGAGGAGACGGCCGACCUUCUGGCGGAGAAAGCCCAGAUUGCAGAGGAGGAGGCCAAACUACUGGCCCACAAAGCUGCUGAGGCAGAACAGGACAGGCAGAGGCUGGAGGUCACAGCCCUUAAAACCAAAGAAGAGAAGAGACUGAUGGAGCAGAAGAUGAGAGAAGCAGAACAACUGGCGGUUAAGCUUGUUGAGCAAUCAGAGAGGAGACUGAAGGAGGCAGACCACCUGAAACAGGAUCUGAAUGAAGCUAAAGACGCGGAACGGAGGGCAAAGCAGAAACUCGUGGAAAUCACCAAAACAACAUAUCCUUUAAUAGCAGCAUACUCUAGCCCUCCUCCACCCACUGGGCCAGAGAAUCCAGAUUUGGCUCUAGACAUGGGCGGCUCCAUCCGAAUGGACUUCAAAGACUCUGAUAUGAAGAGACUUUCGAUGGAGAUUGAGAGAGAAAGGCUAGAGUACAUGGAGAAGAGCAAACAUCUUCAAGACCAGCUGAAGGAGCUCAAAUCAGAGAUUGAAUCCCUUAAACUGGAAGAGCAGCAACAGGCUGGAAUCUACAACCUCAGGAGUUACGCAGAACCUCCUUAUAUUCCUCACAGCAAUAGAAAUUCGGCCUACAUGGCUCAGAUGGCCUUCUACGAGGAAGUGUGAAAGAACAAUCCAGCCUCUGUUUCAGGAGCAGGAGGAUCUGGAGGAACAGUUUGCAGCUCUCACUGAAGCAUGCAUGUACACCAAACCUCAUAUAGUGUGCUUCUAAAAUUAAUAUAUUUCUUGUUUUUGAGUCAGCCAGUUUGGCUUUGUGUACACCUCAAGUCGUGUUUUACUAAUACCACACAUUGUUUGGCUCUUUCAAGCACAUGAAACUGUGUUUGUUUGUUCACAUGCCAAAAAUAUGUGCCAGAAAUGCAAGGUAUUAAGGGAUAUUUCAGAUACAGAUAGUGCCUUCAGAAUGAUUAAAUAAUGAAAUGAUGGACAGAAGCAUGUAAUAAGGUUGUAAUGCCACCUGAAAUACAAGGACUUAAAAAGCAUUACUAUUACAUUAUCUUUUCUAUUCCUUUCCUAUGGGAUGCUUCAUCAGUUUAACACUAGGUGCCUUUUACACAUGCCACAGAUAGUGGCUUUAACUACAAUAUCAGUAAAUUUCAAUAGAUUUUUAAGUAAUUGCAUGUUUGAACUUUGGAUUGGCUCUUUUUUUGUGUGUGUUUUUGAAUAUUUGGAUGAUUUAUAUUUCCCAGUACACUCCAGUGCCUUUUGAAAAGGCUUGCACUACUCAUUGGGCUGGAUGAUUCUCUACCCAUGCACUCUUUCUCACGUUAUGGGUUAUACGGUCAUAUAACUUGCUUGGUGAGCGUGUCAGCUGUAACUACUCAUAUCAUAUUCAGGAACAGAGGUAGAUGGAUGGCCUCUCUGUUUAGAAAUGUGCUGUGCUCAUCCAUUUUGGCAGGAGACUCACACUCUCAGUCUGAGUGUUUUUUUGAAUCUGUGACAGUUUUUGAUAUAGUGAUACACAGGCAGAUUUAUUGGUUUAUCUACUGUUUUCUGUUCCUAAAUCAACUGAAACUUGGAUUUAGUGUUAUGGUUGUGAGCCAUGUUGACAUUUCAGCACAUAUACAUCUGAGUAACAUUUCAGAUCUGGUUUUUUUCCCCUUCAAAUAUUAUGAGGAUUUGUUUUGAGAAUGUCAAAAUGUCCUUUGUUUCAAAAUUCCGUGUAUGCAAUUACACAGGACACAUGCACUCAUUUUUUGAAUGUUUUGAAUGCUCUUGAGUAUAAAGACAGUGAAUUUGUUGCAGAAAUGUUGGUUUGAGACAAAUUAACAAGUGCGCUCAUAUAUAAAGGGAUGAGUUGUUAUGAUAGUGGAGUUUUUAGGUUGAAAUGCCUCAUUAUGUUACAGCUGAUUGUAUAUUUAUCAGCAUGAUAUUUUUGCAUCAAUAAGAGACCAGCAAAAUACAUGCAUUAAAAUGGAUUAUGGAGCAAUAUCUUUUGUAAAUACACUACAUGCGUUGCUAAGUCGUAGUUAAAUAAUGGAAGACAUUCCUGUUAACGUCAGCAUGACUCUGCACACUAGGUUGAGAUGUCUUAAGAGAGAGUGACUUCACAAGGCAAUUGUUCAUGUUUUAAUGAAUGCCACUAAGUGCCCGGUUUAUCUUUUUGAUUUUUAUUUGUUUUGUUUGUCUUUAUCCAGCUGCACCACAUAAAUAAUUUGUUUUUGGCAUGAAUUUCACAAUGUCACAAUCAACAUGGAUGGCUUUGACUUCCUUUCAGAGCUCAAGCUGCCUUUAAUGAUGUGUGCCAUGGAUUCAGACACAGAUUGUCCAUAUGAAUUGGACGUACAGCAAGCUCAUGUUCAGUGAAUUGUAAACUGAUGUACAAAUAAACUGCAAAGAUGCAUUUAAGAGUUUUAA